AUGGUGUACUAUAAAAUAUCACAUGUGGAUGGUCGGAUUACGCAUCCCGAGCAACGAAUUGCCAGUGAUAUACCGAGAUUCUCCUCGGAGUUGAGCGAACUUAUUCAGGAUGAUUUGACGGCGGUUACUGAUGGAAUUUUGUAUGCAUGGCGUCUGUGUUCAUAUGCUAGUCCAAAAUACAUCUUCUGGAUACUGGCAUAUGUACUAGGAGCCGGUACUGCGAUAAGGAACUUUUCUCCUUCUUUCGGGAAAUUGAUGUCCAAAGAGCAGCAGUUGGAAGGGGAGUACCGGCAACUUCACUCACGCUUGAGGACUCAUUCGGAAAGCAUAGCAUUCUAUGGUGGGGAAACCAGGGAAGAAUCUCAUAUACAACAAAAGUUCAAGAACCUUGUUAGCCAUAUGAGUGUCGUGCUUCAUGAUCACUGGUGGUUUGGCAUGAUCCAAGAUUUCCUGCUGAAGUAUCUUGGUGCCACAGUCGCUGUUAUUCUGAUUAUAGAACCGUUCUUCUCCGGUCAUCUAAGACCUGAUGACUCGACACUAGGCAGAGCCGAGAUGCUAAGCAAUAUAAGAUAUCACACCAGUGUCAUUAUUUCUCUCUUUCAGGCGUUGGGAACGCUUUCUAUAAGUUCCAGGCGGCUCAGCCGACUCAGUGGUUAUGCUGACCGAAUCCAUGAGUUGAUGGCUGUCUCGAGAGAACUCAGUGGCGAUGAUAAAGUGUCUUUCCAGAGGAAUAGAAGCAGAAAUUACCUAAGUGAAGCUAACUAUGUUGAGUUUUCCGGUGUCAAGGUUGUAACUCCAACGGGAAAUGUUUUGGUGGAGGAUCUAACCCUUCGAGUUGAGCAAGGGUCUAAUCUUCUGAUUACAGGUCCUAAUGGAAGUGGCAAGAGUUCCCUUUUCCGAGUAUUAGGAGGCCUAUGGCCCCUGGUGUCUGGGCAUAUUGUGAAGCCAGGAGUUGGUUCUGAUCUUAACAAGGAGAUCUUCUACGUCCCUCAGCGGCCCUAUAUGGCAGUAGGAACACUUCGUGACCAGUUAAUAUAUCCUCUUACUUCUGAUCAAGAGUCUGUACCGCUCACUGAAACGGGGAUGGUGGAGCUAUUGAAAAAUGUCGACCUAGAAUACUUAUUGGAUCGAUACCAACCAGACAGAGAGGUUAACUGGGGUGACGAAUUAUCUCUUGGAGAGCAACAGAGAUUAGGAAUGGCCAGACUGUUCUAUCACAAACCCAAAUUUGCAAUUCUUGAUGAAUGCACAAGUGCUGUGACAACUGACAUGGAAGAACGUUUUGCUGCUAAGGUUCGAGCUAUGGGAACUUCUUGCAUAACAAUAUCCCAUCGUCCAGCCCUUGUUGCAUUCCAUGAUGUUAUUCUUUCAUUAGACGGAGAAGGUGGAUGGAACGUUUACUACAAGAGGGACGACUCUGUACUUCUGACGGACGCUGGAGAUGAUUCAGUGCAAAUUUCAGAUACAAAUCGGCAAAAUGAUGCGAUGGUUGUUCAACGAGCUUUUGCUGCCGCUAGAAAGGAAUCUGCAUCAAAGGCUCAGUCGUACUUGACGCAGUUAAUCGAAAAGUCACCAGUUGUUGAUAAAAGUGUUGUGUUGCCUCGUUUUCCUCAACCUCGAACAUCCCCAAGGGCGUUGCCAUUAAGAGUAGCUGCAAUGUUGAACACAUUGAUACCCACUCUAUUUGACAAACAAGGAGCACAACUUCUUUUGGUUGCUUGCCUUGUCGUCUCAAGAACACUGAUCUCUGACCGAAUAGCAUCGUUGAAUGGGACCACUGUUAAAUAUGUCUUGGAGCAAGAUAAGGCAGCCUUUGUUCGUUUGAUUGGUUUGAGUGUUCUCCAAAGUGGUGCAUCUUCUGUCAUUGCUCCUUCAUUAAAGCAUCUAACGCAAAGGCUAGCUCUAGGUUGGAGGAUUCGCUUGACUCAACAUCUGCUACGGAAUUACUUGAGAAAUAAUGCGUUUUACAAGGUCUUCCACAUGUCAGGCAAUAGUAUUGAUGCGGACCAAAGACUCACUCGUGACCUGGAAAAAUUAACCCAUGACUUGUCUGGACUUCUUACUGGAAUGGUAAAGCCAUCGGUUGACAUUCUUUGGUUUACCUGGAGGAUGAAGCUAUUGACUGGACAGAGAGGAGUUGCCAUACUUUACACGUAUAUGUUACUUGGUCUGGGUUUUCUGAGACGUGUUGCUCCAGAUUUUGGUGAUCUAGCUGGUGAAGAACAGCAACUCGAGGGGAAGUUUAGGUUUAUGCACGAGAGGCUGAACACGCAUGCUGAAUCCAUUGCAUUCUUUGGAGGUGGAGCUCGAGAAAAAGCUAUGGUUGACACAAAAUUCAGGGCACUACUGGACCACUCUCUCAUGCUCCUGAAGAAGAAAUGGGUGUAUGGCAUACUUGAUGAUUUCGUGACAAAGCAGCUUCCCAAUAAUGUGACUUGGGGAUUGAGUUUGUUGUAUGCCCUAGAACACAAGGGAGACAGAGCACUUGUCUCCACUCAAGGUGAAUUGGCACAUGCAUUGCGGUAUCUAGCUUCCGUUGUCUCUCAAAGCUUUAUGGCGUUUGGUGAUAUUCUUGAACUACACAAGAAGUUCCUUGAGCUCUCCGGUGGUAUUAACAGAAUUUUUGAGCUGGAUGAGUUUUUGGAUGCUUCUCAGUCAGGUGUUACCUCAGAUAAUCACAGAAGCCGUUUGGAUUCUCAAGAUCGAAUUUCCUUUUCAGAGGUGGAUAUCAUUACCCCUGCUCAGAAAUUGAUGGCUAGCAAGUUGUCAUGCGAAAUAGUUUCGGGGAAAAGCCUACUCGUCACAGGUCCAAACGGUAGUGGAAAGACUUCCGUAUUUAGAGUCCUUAGAGAUAUAUGGCCCACUGUAUGUGGAAGACUUUUCAAACCAUCAUUGGAUAUCAAAGAGCUUGGGUCAGGGAAUGGCAUAUUUUUUGUCCCUCAGCGACCUUAUACAUGUUUAGGGACGCUGAGAGAUCAGAUUAUAUACCCUCUAUCUAAAGAAGAAGCAGAGAAAAGGGCAGCAAAGUUGUACACCAAUGGAGAUAGCUCAGCUGAAGCUGGAAGCAUUCUGGACGUUCAUUUGAAAACCAUCCUGGAGAAUGUUCGGUUAGUUUAUCUCUUGGAAAGAGAUGAAAGUGGUUGGGAUGCUACUACCAACUGGGAAGACAUACUAUCUCUUGGAGAGCAACAGAGGCUAGGCAUGGCACGUUUAUUCUUUCACAGACCGAAGUUUGGAAUCCUUGAUGAAUGCACCAAUGCAACGAGUGUUGAUGUUGAGGAACAGCUCUACAGGGUUGCAAAAGACAUGGGAGUUACUUUCAUAACCUCAUCCCAACGUCCGGCUUUGAUCCCGUUCCACUCCUUGGAGCUAAGGCUGAUCGAUGGAGAAGGAAACUGGGAGCUACGUUCUAUCGAGCAGACAACAGAGUAGACUCAGCAAGACUCUUAGUUUUAAAAACAAUAAUAAAACCAAAGCUAUUAGAACUUAUACCCCCCACAGAUUAUAUGGUAUGUAGUUUUCUCGAUUCUUUCUCCUCAGAAGAGAACGCUUCCAUGUUUACUGAUUUCGUUUGAUUUGGAGGAAAUAGAAUGUAAUUAAUUGA